AUGGCGGUGCCACCCCAGCCAGCCCCACGGGCAGCGCCACCACCAGCCCUGCGGGCACCUCCUGGGCCAGCCCUGCCCGUGGCUCCACUGCCUCCAGCAGAGUUUGUCAGCGUCCUGAUCUCGGAAGCACUGUCUCUCACUGCUUCGCCCAGGUUGCCAGGCCAUACAAUCGACAGCUGCGAACAGGUGCUGCAGAACUUGUCCCUGAGCUGCAGCCUGGGCUCGGUGCUGGAUGAGCGUGGGGGCUGUGUCCAGCUGUGCCUGGCUGAGGUUGCCAGUGGCCUGAGGAACCUGAUGGCCCACGCCACUGACCAUGUCACUUACUGGACCCACCGCACCUUCAUAGCCAAGCAGCUUGGCCUCAUCUAGGUCUACCUACCCAAUGGCAGCUGGCUGGAGGAGCCAUUCCUGCACAUUCAGAGCAUAGUGCUGGCUACCCCAUGGCUGGGGGAUAAGAGGGGCUUCCUGGGAAUGGCUUUCCACCCCAAGCACAAGGAAAAUGGGGAGGUUUAUAUCUGUUACUCAUACAUGGCUAAGAACUGAGUGGAAAAGAUCAGGAUCAGUGAAUUGAAGGUUUUGGCAUCUGAUGCCAACAAAGCUGACCCAAGCUCUGAAUGCGUUCUCCUGGAGCUUGAGGAACCAGCUGCAAAUCACAACAGUGGGCCACUGCUCUUUGGUGUGGAUGGCUAUUUGUAUGUAUUUACAGGGGAUGGAGGGAAAGCUGGAGACCCUUUUGGAAAAUUUGGGAACGCUCAGAACAAGAGCACUUUGUUGGGGAAAGUGUUGAGGAUUGAUGUGGAUAGAAGAAGCCCUGAUGGGAAGCCUUACUAUAUCCCUCCUAAUAAUCCAUUCAUGUCUGAUCCUAAAGCCUGCCCAGAGGUUUAUGGCUAUGGGGUCAGGAAUAUGUCUCUGUGGAAUCUGAUAAUUCACUUAUUUGCAUAUGGCUGCAGUGCGGGCAGUUCAGUUACUGGAGGCUUUGUCUACAGGGGAUGUGAAUCACCCAACUUGAAUGGCCUUUAUAUUUUUGGUGAUUUCUUGAAUGGUAACAGAAUACGCCUUGCCUUGCAAGCUGGAAUACAGGAAGAUGAGAAGACAAAUGAAUAGAAGAAGCAGGAUAUCUGCGUUGGCUGCACAGCAGCUUGUGCUUUCCCUCGAAUGAUCAGUUCCUAAAGCAAAUUCAUCAUCUCAUUUGCUGAGGAUGAAGCAGGUGAACUGUAUUUUAUGUCUACUUCUUAUCCCAGUGCCUAUACAGCACGUGGAUCACUCUACAAGCUGAUUGAUCCUGCAGGGAGAGCUCCACCAGGGAAGUGUAAAUACAAACCUGUUCCAAUGAAAACAAAGAGCACAAUACUAUUUCUUCCACGAGCAAAGACUGUCCUUGAGUUGCUAAAUGAACCUUCAACAACCAUGCCUUCAAAAAAACCUUCUACCCUCACUGCAGCCACCCCAAGAGUUUCUUCUAAGAAAGCAAAAAAAAAACGAUCCACCAAAAUAAAAGCAUCAACAGCAAAACCAGUUCCAUGUGGUAAAGAGAGACAGAGUCAAAGCUGAGGCUAAACCUCACAAGGGAAAGAAGACUGGACACAACUCCAGAACUGCACCAGCACCACCUUUGCCAAAAAAGAAGAGCUUCCACCUAGCCAGAAUCAAGGAGGUUCUUCCAAAGGAAGCAGCAUUUCCUAAGGGAAA